GAUCAUCUUGUAAUGGAAAAAAAUGGAGCUGACCAUGACAUUGCUGUGGAAGGAUCUAAUGAUUUGUUCAUAGGCAACUGUAAUAGUACAGGAGAGUCAGAAACAGAUGAUCGUUUUUUUCAGCAUCUAACCUGCAUGGAUUCCAGGGAUCCAUUGUUUGGACAGAGUGACUCUUUCGCAGCCUUGCCCAUCGCAGUACGCCUCUCGGGCAGUUCUCCAUCAUCUGCUGUGCCCGCGCGGCCUCCCCAACCACAGCCUCACUCUGCAGAGGAUUUCCACCUGGUAGACCAAACUGGGCAGCCUCUCUAUGAGCUGCAGCCCCUAGGAGGGCCCAGUGCACAGAUGAUGAUUGUUGCCAGCCAGUCAGAAAAUGGACAGGUGCUGCAUGUCAUUCCUUCUGCCCAGCCAGGAAUGGCCCAAGUGAUUAUCCCUCAGGGUCAACUUCUGGAUGUGACGAGCACGCAAGAUGUUUCGGAAGAGAAGUGUGAUGAUGGGAACUUGCAGACUGUGGCGGUGGCUGCUAUAGCAGACAGUGCAAGCAGUUACAUUCUACAUCCACAGGCAUCUCUCAGCAUAUCAAAAAAACCAACAACCAGGGUGGUGGAAGAUCCCUUUCCCAUCCCUCUCCAGCCAUUGCCACCAAAUACACCUGCAUGGGCGCACUGUCUCAGGAGUUGUGAGAAAAUUGGGGACUCGUACCGCGGCUAUUGUGUCAGCGAGACAGAAUUAGAGAGCGUUCUAACGCUACACAAGCAGCAAACACAAAGUGUGUGGGGGACACGCCAGUCUCCAAGCCCAGCCAAACCCGCCACACGGUUGAUGUGGAAAUCUCAGUAUGUCCCAUAUGAUGGGAUCCCCUUUGUCAAUGCAGGAAGCAGAGCCAUUGUAAUGGAGUGCCAAUAUGGUCCAAGGAGGAAAGGGUUCCAGCCCAAAAAAGCUGGUGAGCAGGAAAGCACCUCUGGCCAUCUGUACAAAGCCACUUGUCCAGCAAGAAUUUAUAUUAAAAAGGUUCAAAAGUUUCCGGAAUACAGAGUUCCUACUGACCCUAAAAUUGACAAGAAAAUCAUAAGAAUGGAGCAGGAGAAAGCAUUCAACAUGCUGAAGAAGAACUUGAUAGAUGCUGGUGGUGUCCUCAGGUGGUAUGUACAGUUACCCACUCAGCAAGCCCAUCAAUAUCAUGAAAUGGAAGCUUCCUGCCUCCCUUCUUCACCCUCACAUUUUUCUGUGUCUUCUCCUGAGGAGGAGGAGGAAGUUGUUAGAAAUGAGAACUGUACUCUGCCUUCCCGACUUCAUCCUCAAGUGGCAGACAAGAUCCGAGAACUGGUGUCUCAGGGAAUAGAGCAGGUCUAUGCAGUGAGGAAGCAACUAAGGAAGUAUGUGGAAAGAGAAUUAUUCAAGCCUGAUGAAGUGCCGGAAAGACAUAACCUGUCCUUCUUCCCCACUGUGAAUGACAUCAAGAACCACAUUCAUGAAGUGCAGAAGUCCCUGAGGAAUGGCGAGAUGGUGUAUAAUUCAGAAAGUAUCCCAGCAAUGCUGCAGUGGACCACAGACAGUGGGAACAUUCUCACAGAAACAGUGACUGUUACGUUUGCCUCGCCACCUUCCGAUGGGAGCUCAGCAGGGGAGUCAGUCAUCACCAAAGCAGAAUCCAAUCAGAGUGGGGAGUCCUUGCUACCAGAAACAGCUCAGCUGUUGUCUUCACUUCAGCCCAAGAUAUUUGCACAACUUCAGGGAUUACAGCUGCAGUCAACGUUUACCUCCACAAAUGGGUCAACAGCCCUCAUAGCUGUAAAUAACCAUUCCCCUCCCAGCCCUGCAAGUCUCCUGGAUUCCAUAGGGAGUGCAAUAACCAACCAUUCUCUAGUGCUUACUCAGGGACACAGUCUGCAAGCAGGUGCUGGCCUAACACGGCACAGCUUUGCUACCUCUGCUUUUGGGACCCCGCCUGGCUCUGAUCAGGGUCUGGUCACCAUGGGCCAGUUGGUAGCAGUUGGAGGGGCAGACAGCUCCAGAAGCCUAGAAGGAGGAGUCCAUCAGAUUCUCUUGGGAGAUGUACACACUAUUCCAGUACGGAUCGUGGACAGCCAUUCAGCGCUGACUGAAGAAAAUACGGAGGGUGUUGUCUGUGUGAGCCAAGUUAAACAAGAGCCAAGAGAAAAAGCAUUGUCUAUGGAGCCAGAUAAAAGCAGAGACUGCCAUAGUUCCUCACCUAUUUAA